UUCAGGAUAGAGGUUAUAAGAAAGUUGAACCCAAUUUAAUAAUUUGGAUAUUUAAAAGUUGAAUCAAAUUUAAUGUUUUUCAAAGGUUUUUUACUUCAAAAAAUAUAAUUUUAACUUACAUAAUAUAAAAAUAAUUUAUUUCUUAUAAAACUUAAAAAUAUAAAACUGAUGUUAAGAGACCGGCUGACCUACUUGACUGCUCUUAGAUGAAUGUGACAGGCUGGUGAGUCUGGAUGAUGACAACGGUCACACGGCUUACCUCAAUGUCAUUAUGCUAUCUAGUUGGAACAACGACAGCAGUCCAUUCAACAGCACGCCAAUCGACUAUCAACAGCCACAAUCCAACAUAGACUCAUCCACCAAUUUUUUCUUCCCUCCAUUCACCCACCACAACUACUCAUUCACCCCCCCAUCUCAGCACACCCCCUUCUACCAUCCCUAUCAAAACUCAUCAUCCUCUUCGUCGCUGUCCUCUGCACAAGUCACCUACCAACAAAUCGGUGAACUGCCGCGAAAUGUCAAACACCAAAUCAAAUGUGAAAGUUUGAAAAACAACAACAACAACACUAUUAACAACAGUAAUUCAAACAACAACAACAACUCUACCGAUCAAAACAAUGCUCUUCACAGCAACAGCAGUAACAACAACAACAAUAAUAACAACAAUAACAACAACAACGCUAAUAGUUGCAGCAACAAUUUAAACAGUCAGCUGUCAAUCGAUUCGACCACAUCCUCCAUCCACAACAUCUCAACUUCGGAUGACCUCCCGACCUUGACCUUGCUACAAUGCAAGAAAAGUGCUGGCAAAAGUAAUACCUCAACAACCAUCAACAACAUCGGCAACAGCAACAACAGCAACAACAUCCUGAACAACAACUUGAACAACAUCGAAGGACCCCUAUCAUGUUCAUCCUCAUUGUCCGGAGCCUCAGUUUCAUCAGCUUCCUUCCUGGCUGAUUGCAUCGUUUGUGGGGACAAAAGUUCCGGAAGACAUUACGGUGUGAUUACGUGUGAAGGAUGCAAAAGUUUUUUCAAGCGAUCAGUCCGACGCAACCUGACGUACAGCUGCAGAGGGGACAAGGACUGCCCCAUCGACCAGCACCACAGAAACCAAUGCCAGCAUUGCAGACUCAAGAAAUGUUUCAAAGUUGGCAUGAAAAAAGACGCCGUUCAAAAAAGUCGCAUCACAGCUUCUUCUUCCUCCUCGUCAUCGUCGUCUACACCACUGAACCACCAGCAGAGAAUGUCAGCGUUCAAUGAACCAACCCCCUCUCAUCUCAACCAUCUUAACAUGAACAACACUGCUCUGACGUCAUUGUACAAAAUACCACGUGACUUACAGGAGAGUAACUCCUAUUCGAUAAACAAUUCUUCAUCCCUAUCAUCCUACAUCUCUCUCCUAGUGAGAGCAGAAACGUACUCAUUGAAGAGUUUAUCCAUGAACCGCUACCACUACCAUCAAACGCAGCAGCAACAAUCCUCGUCGCAUGCCAGCUGCAACAACUACAACCCUUCCUCUGCAGUCAUGCCGACAAGCAGUUCUUUCAACUUCGUGGGCGCCAACUCGACAGCUAACGUUCCCACCGACGGCAUUUGCGAACUAGCGGCCAGACUACUGUUCAGCGCCGUCGAGUGGGCAAGGAGUAUACCACUUUUCCCUGACUUGCCGUUCAUAGAUCAGGUGACUCUUCUUCGUCUAACCUGGAGCGAACUGUUUGUCUUGAACUCAGCUCAGUGCCACGUGACAAUACCAACCGCCUCAUUAUUUGCCAGCCUGCAUUCCACCUCAAACAUACCCCCUAACUCUCCAACCCUGGCCCCUUAUAUCGAGCAACAGAUUAAAAUGUUUCAAGAUCUCGUGCAGAAGUUAAGAGGGUUGAGGAUGGAUGCCGCGGAAUUCAGCUGUUUGAAGGCCAUCGUCUUGUUCUCACCCGACUCACCAGGUUUAACGGACGCCAACCACAUAGAACGUCUGCAAGAGAAAUCAUUGUGUGCAUUGGAGGAGUACAGUCGCCAGCAGGUCCCCUACCAUAGCACGAGAUUCGGCAAGCUGCUGCUGAGACUACCCUCGCUAAGAAUCAUCUCGCCACAUGUCAUCGAACAACUCUUCUUCGUUCGCCUCAUCGGGAAGACUCCGAUCGAGACGUUGAUCAAAGACAUGCUGGUUUCUGGCGGCUCAUUUAACUGGCAUUAUGCAUAGUGCGCGCAAUUCAUUGGCUGAUAUUCAAACGUAUUAAAAUGUAAAAAUUAAUAAAUCGUUAGUGUAAAAGAAAUUGAAGUAUUAUUUGUUAACUGUUAGCCAUAAAUUAUAAAAAAUUAGUAAUAACAUUUUUAAGACUUUAUCUUGAAACUUGAUAAAUUAGUUUGUUUUUUAUUUAAUUAUUAUCAGUAGCGACGACAUGUAUCCAUUUAAGAUCUUGAGUGCAAUUCUUCAUGAAAGAACACUGUUGAAAGUUUUACAUUUUUUAUUACAGCUAUUUUAAUCCUUCUUAAAUUGUGGAUUGUUUUUAAAAUUUUGAAUAAGAUAAAAAAACUGUUAAAAACUACUUUUUAUUAUAUAUAUUUAUU